GAAGAGGCUGCUGGUGCGGCUGCCCCAUUGUGAGCGCUCACCACCCAUCUGAGGAAAUUAACACUUCCUGUUGUUUUUAUAGCACUUUCCUCCCGACAGCGUCUCUCACAUGCUCUCCGAGUUGGCCAGGGAGAGACAGAGGCGAGCCGACAACAUGAGAACCUCAGCCUGGGUCCCCUCUCCUUCUCCUCUUGUUUGGGUAAUCUACGGAAGCCUGCUGCUAGGACAGACCAGGGCUCUGGUCAACGAGAGCAAGGACAUAGGGGACAGGAAGGAUGCAGAGAGCACCAAAGAAAUCUGGACGAUCAGGCCCUCGUCACCAGUGCCAACACAGGAAACAGCACCACUGAGUAUUACUAAAGGAAUGUUGAAUGAAACAUACGCUUGUGGCAAUAAAAGCGCUCACUGUAAUGGCUAUUGUGAAAUUUGUGGGGACUUCCCAAGGAGUUUCUGCUAUGAGUUUCUGCAAAAUGAAACGUGUUACAAGACAUUUAAAGAGACCAUGAAGCAAUUUAACAACACAGACCUAUGCAUAUGGAAUCUGGUGCAAAAGCCCUACAACACCUUCACAGAAUGCACUGAGGAGAUUGCCGAUUGUCUACUGAUUCCAUGGCCCAAUUCUGUGGUGGAGAAUAUCUUUGUUGAAAUUCACACCGAGUACUUCCAAAACUGUGCCCUGGAGGAGCUUAGGGACCCUCCUCCCAGCAUCGUAUUUGCCCUUGUCAUGACCCCUAUCUGCCUCAUCCCGAUCAUGGUCUUCCUCGUCGUGCUGAAGACCAAGAAUGGAGACGGGAGGUCUUGACGUGCGGCUGCCAUCCACGCUGGUUUGGGCACACACAUCUCCCACCCUGUAUCCAUAUCCUUGCAAGUCAUCUCUCUCUUGCAUCUCAUCUCAUGCUCUGCAGUGUUGUUAUUUCGAGUGAGGGGAGGGUGUCGUUUUUUGGUUUCACAGACUGCCUUGGACUGCUUUGUGCUCAAUCUCAUUCAAUGUGAAUGCACUCCCUCUCCUUGCCAUCAAAACUUUCUUAUAGAACCAGGUGUUAAUUGUUAAGUGCCAUGAUCUUACUCUUUUUGAGGUCUCCUUAAUUACCACUUCAUUGUGGUCUCAAGGCGGUUAGAAAUGUAAGACUUUCAGUAGCCUAUAACUUCAAGACAUGCACUUUUUAUGUGUCCAGUAAUGUCAGGAUUGGAAAAAGGAAAUUGCACAUGGUUGAAAUGAACUGGAGAUGCAUCUGCAGUCUCAGAUGUUGCUGUUGAUACAUGAUCCUUGAUAUCAGCCUUUCCUCAUAACUCCUGCUCAAUACUCAUCAUGGCUUUAGGAUGUUGUGUGGUUUUUCCUAGAAUAUUUCAGAACUUGAACUACACAUCUCGGAAUUUUCUACUCAUAUUUUGUAAUCAAUACACUGCAUAAAGGGUGUCAUGAAAUUAUAUUUUCAUACAAACAUUAUUUUCAUAGCACUUGCAAUGUUGGGCAUCAGUUUGAUGACAAAAGCCCCAUGGCUUGCUGAGAAAGUGACAGGGCCAUUGUUGGCUGUAUAUCUCAGAUGCACAUAGGAAAAACAAAGACGAGGCCAUUGCAGCCAAUAAUGGUAUUAUAAAUAAUAAUAAUAAUGUGUAUUUUAAAAUUGUAAUUACAAUUGUUUUGUAUUCUCCAUUACCUGACUGCAGAUUGUUGAAUGUACCAGGGAUCAGACAAGAGGUCAGCAUCGCCUGACAGGAAAAUUAGGGCGUGCUCUCCGACAAUAGGCCAGUGGCAUUGAGGAUGGCCAGAAUAGACUGUUCUGAUUGGCUGAGGAAAUGGACGGUCAGGGUUGAGGACAAGCCUCAGCAACACAAUAGGGUGGAAUGAUUUCCGGGCAUUGUCCUCUAACGAGAGUGUGAUGAGACUUGUGUCUCGCGAUUCUUCUCAGCUCUGUCAGAAACCCGGUUUGGCAAAGUUGUCCAUGCCGUAGAUAUAUUUUUAGAUAAUGUAAUAAUGCAAUAAGAAUGUAUUGACAAUAUGCAUUUUUUUGCAUGACAAUGAAAGUGUAAUGAAUAUGGAGUGGCUUUCAGUUAAAACGACCAAAUAAAUAUUUACUCCCUUUG